AUGGCUUCUAUCCUCCGACUUACCGCUCAACGAGCUGCUCCUUCUUUCACUCGAUCUUUGACCGUAUCGGCCGUUAAGAUGGACCUCGUUCAAGAUUUAUACGUCAACCAACUUAAAUCUUACAAGCCCGCUGCCAAAUCCGCCGACGCCCAUGUAGGAUCCGUCCGAACUUACUCUGCUCCCAAGGCUCCCUCCGCCCCUACCCUCCCUUCAGACCUCGCCUCUGAAUUAUCCAAAUUCGACGCUGAGGAACCUGUCAUUGGUGGAUCGGCCCCCAAGGCCACUGCUACCGCUACCGAUGCCGAAGGUGGAGAGUCUGCCGAGGAAUACUUGAAGUUCUUGGAAAAGGAUUUGCCCAAGGCUGACGCUCACCACUAA